AAUAGUAGGUAUUUAUUUUUGUGUUGCAGUGAUGUUGUACGAUUAAUAAGUCGUAAAAUAAUAUAUUUUAACAUAAUAAUGAAUGCUAGUGUUGAUACAGAAGAUUGCCAAGCAUUGUCAGCAAUAGACGAAGUUGAAAGUCCGCGGAAGCGUAUGCGUUUAGACUCGUCGGCGCGCAAAAGCUGGAGCAUGAUGGACCGUAAAACUGAUACAGAAGUAUUACAAGAGAUGGGUGUCAGUGUGUUAGAACAAGAUGACUCUGAAACACCGUGUGAUGCUGUUACUGCUACAAAAUCACUAAAGCGCAAACACGACAUAGAGAACGUUAAUCCAAAUAUAAACAGUGUGACCUCACCGCGAUGUAGGUACAGCCCCAAAAUACCCAAAACCAGAUGUAGCCCUAGCCCAGGCCCUUCGAAGACCAGUCCUAGGAGCUCUGAGAAAGCGAAACCUCUGCAAGAUGUGCUCGAAACGUCAUUCACACAGGAGUAUCACAUAGACGAGGACACCCCCCUGGCCCAGAUCUAUGGGGGGUAUGGGGCGUACACGGCUAGCAGUGGGACCAAGGGGAGUGCUAGUACACGUCUGGGCCUCGAAGAGCAAGAGAUACUCGCCAGGAAGGAGAAGUUCGAGCCCAACGGGGCUGACACCUUCACGCUGCUCUCCGACGAGAUGAUACUCAGCGUGUUCAAGUGGCUGCCUAAGCGGACUCUGGCGCACUGUAUGACUGUGUGCAAACGAUGGUACAGGGUCGCCUGCGACGAGACACUUUGGCAAAGACUAGAUCUAGGCAAUAAGACAUUAGCCAAAGACGCCCUAGGCAGGAUAUUGUGUAGGAAACCUAUUAUAUUACGACUGGCUAGUUCUGAAAUCGGAGAUUGGCACCCCACCACCGUGACAGCGACUAGAAUACAAUACUUAGACCUCAGCAUGAGCUCUAUAUCCAGACAGACGCUGGCCAAGCUGUUGGAGAACUGUCCAGCACUGAGGAAACUUAGCUUGGAGAGCUUGCAGCUCGAUGAUGAGAUAAUGGCGUUGAUUGGUCGGUGCUCGAGUUUGGAAACCCUGAAUCUAACAAUGGCCCAGGGCAUCACACCCGAGGGUCUGAAGAGUUUGCUCCAUGGAUGUACUGGCCUUCAAUCGCUGAACAUAUCUUGGUGCAAUUUAAACGAAGAGGCGUUGAACAUUCUAGUUAAUUGCUUGCCAACGAAGCUGCAACGGCUAAAUCUGAGUGGAGCUAGGAUCAUGAGUGACGACUGCUGCGCGCAGCUGGCGGCGCGCUGCGGCCGGCUGGUGGAGCUGGACCUGUCGGACUGCGCGCAGCUGGGCCGCGCGGCGCUGCGCGCGCUGCUGCCGCUCGCGCGCCUCGAGCACCUCGCGCUCAGCCGCUGCUACCUGCUGCCGCCGCACGCUCUCACCAAGCUGAGCGGCAUGACGGCGCUGCAGUACCUGGAGGUGUGGGGGAUGCUGCCGGCCGCGUCGCUCAGCGCGCUGCGGGCCGCGCUGCCGGCCAUACAGAUCAACCAGUUCAUGUUCAGCGCGAUCGCUCGCCCCACAGUGGGGGCUAGGCGCACUUCGAUAUGGGGACUGCGGACCAGAGACUGAACUAAAUUAGUGGAUUUUUAAGUGUUUUCUAAAAGAAGUUUUAGUGAACGGGCCUUGGAGUUAAAUAAAUCGCCUAUGUA